CGCCCAUCAUUUCUCAGCCAGCGCAUUCGCAUUCUCAGUCACCCCAAAAUGGAAUGUUCCCCCUUGGUAGUCAAAGUCAGACUAAUCCUGGGAUGGAUCAUCGUAUGGCUCCUUCAAAUUUCACGCCACAGAUGCAGAACAACAUGAACAUGAAUGUGAAUAAUCUCACUCCUCAGCAGCGACAGCAGCUGCUUCUUUUGCAGCAGCAACAGCAACAGCAACAGCAACAACAACAGCAGCAGCAGAUUCGCAAUGCUAGCACAAGUUCGAACCCGAUGAACAUGGUGAAUCAGCAGCAAGCUUAUGCUAUGGCGCAGCGCAUGACUCAAGGAGGGUCGCCUCAUCACACUGGAUCACCAAUGUCUGCACCUGGAGCAGACAAUUUCCCAGCGCUUCGAUCAAACUCCACAAUACCAGGUAUUGCGCGGAGCACACGUUCGCCAUCUGACAGCAUGCCUUCGCCCAUUACGCCCAGAGCACCUUCGAGGCUUUCACAGCAGCCGAUUCAGCCCGAUGAUUACCAGAGAGUCAUAAUGCAGCACGCGCAGGCGUCUCUUAUGUCGCAAAACCCCGCGUUCAAUCAGCAAAUGCAGUCAAACUCAAAUUGGCAGCAGAGUAACCACCAACAGCAAAAUUCACUGCAGACGAACCACAACCAGGGAAAUAAUUACGGCAUGAGUCCACCAGGAAGUGCAGGACAUGGAACCACAUCCUUUGGGGGUGGAAAUGCACCAUCACCAUCUGGUCAGGGUUGGCAGGGAGGCACCAAUGGCCCUUAUCAUUUCGCAUCUUCACCGGGACAUCAUGCUUCUUCGGAUCAAAUACACACACCUCGACAUCUCUCUACCACGCCUGCACCUCAAAACAUGAGUCCUUCAGGUGAAAAUCCUGGGAACAAUGACUACGAUUUAUUCAAUUGGGGCGGUCAAUAAUUGUCUCCGGCGCUCAAAUGAUCAUUGAAAUAAUCGCUUAUUAUCAUAUCUUUUUUUCCCCUGUUGCCACGCUGUCUUAUCGUGCUUCUGGUCAUUAUUUCUUUUGGUGCUUAGCGCUGAAUUGGAACUGAAACUGCUCUUUUCGCUUAUAUCCUGCUAUGAUUGUUUGUACCUUGUAGAGAAAUAUUACGAUGAUAUAUAUGCUUUACUUAGUGUGAAUGUAAACACAGUUUUCCAGU